AUGAUGAUGAUGAAGGUGAAGGAGGAUCUCAACUGCGUUCUUCCUCACGAUUUGAUGGUUGACAUUCUGCUAAGGCAACCAGUGAAGUCUCUUAUGCGCUUCAAAGCUGUGUCUCCUACAUGGCGCUCUUUCAUUUCAAAUCCCCAUUUCGCCAAAGCCCAUUUUCACCUAGCUGCUGCACCCACCCACCGUCUCCUUCUCAACAGAAUCAACCAUGAUUCUGAUGUUGAAUCACUGGAUUUACAACCAUCACUUGGCAACCCUUCUGCUGUUGUAACCCUCAAAUUCCCAGCCCCAUAUUUUCGUACCUUGGGUUCUUGCAGAGGGAUUCUUCUCUUAGCCAAGAAGCUUGCUCCAUCAUUGGAUGAUCUCAUUGUAUGGAACCCUUCAACUGGUUGUCACAGAAAAGUUCCACUUUCCUAUGAUCACUGGGAUUCAUGGUAUGACCCAUUAUUAACCCCAAAUAUUUCACAUUUUGAUUUGUUAUCUAGUUCUCUGUAUUGUUUUAGGGAUGGCCCAUCAACCCACACAAUCCCACCUUAUUAUUUGUUAGACAGUGAUCUGCAUGGUUUUGGGUAUGACCCAUCAAAGGAUGACUACUUGUUUGUUCUAAUAAGAUUGGGUGAAUUUCAUCCUUCUCAGGUGACUAAUCGAAUUGGGGUUUUGUCUUUGAAAACCAAUGUACCCUCCUUUUAUGGUGAUCAAGUUGAGUAUAUGGCAAUUGGUGGACCUUGGACACUAACUGGUUUGUAUUUGAAUCAGACCCUGCAUUGGGUGGUUACAUCUGAGGAAAUAGACUGUGUAAUCAUUGCAUUUGAUCUGCUGGAAAGGAGUUUGACAGAGAUUCCUUUCUCAUAUGAGUUGAAUGAGAAAUUGGUGAGUUAUGCUGGAUAUCAUUUGGGUGUACUGGGAGGAUGUCUUAGUCUAUGUUAUUCGGCUGAAGGUGUAAAUUUUCCGGAGGAAGGUCAUUAUGACUAUGAAAUGACUGAGAUAUGGGUCAUGAAAGAGUAUAAAGUGCAGGAUUCUUGGACUAAAACUUUUGUUAUCUCUGUUAAUGCCCCCAAGCGCUUUUUGCCAAUAUGGUCCAUUGAAGGUGGUGGUGUUUUGGGAGCAGAUGACACUGGAGGAUUGCAGAAAUAUAAUGAUGAAGGGGAACUGCUUGAGAGUCAUGCAUAUGGAAUUGAUGACAAAUUUUCUCUGAAAUAUUUUGAUAUGUAUAAAGAAAGCCUACUAACACUCCCUGGUGGUGACUUUGAGGAAGGAAAUGAAGAUGCCUGA